UUAUUAAAGGAAAUGAUUGCAGCAGAAGGCCGUUUGCCAGUCUGGCUCAGGUCUGACUGUCUCUGUCGCUGUAAUUAAUUUGACGCAACAGUUAAACGACCCUAAAUUCCUCUAAUUUUAUAAUUUAAAAUUAAUUUUUAAAAUAACUUCUUAUACAAAAAUUUAGAUUGAAUAAAAUAGGUGGUUCCUCAUACAUACAUAUAAUGGCUCUAAAGAAGGAUGUUGAUUUGAACAGCGUGAUUGCUAAACCUUUGACGCUAAAAGUUCAUUCUGACUAUAUCGCUGCAUAUGGAGAAAACAAAGAAGAUUAUGAAUAUUGCAUGACAGAGUAUUUGAGAAUGUCUGGCAUUUACUGGGGUCUGACAGCAAUGGCACUGAUGGGAGAGCUGGACAGAAUGAACAAAGAUGAAGUGUUACAAUUCGUGAGAUCAUGUCAAGACCCUGUCAGUGGUGGGAUCAGCUCAAGUCCAGGUCAUGAUCCCCACCUGCUUUACACAUUAAGUGCGCUUCAGAUUCUUAGCAUUUAUGAUGAAAAACUGAGUGACCAAGAACAAGACAAGGUGGUGAACUAUAUCAAAUCCCUUCAACAGCCAAGUGGAAGUUUUAUUGGUGACAAAUGGGGAGAAGAAGAUACUCGAUUUUCUUUCUGUGCUGUUGCAUGUCUUUCUCUAAUUGGUCGCUUGAAUGAUAUAGAUGUUGAGAAAGCUACAGAGUUUGUUGUUUCAUGUAUGAACUUUGAUGGCGGCUUUGGUUCUCGACCUGGUUCUGAAAGUCAUGCAGGCUUGAUAUAUUGUUGUGUUGGCUACUUUUCUGUAGUAGGUCGCUUAGAUUUGGUGGACGCAGACACUUUGGGCUGGUGGCUUUGCGAAAGACAACUUCCAUCAGGUGGGCUUAAUGGGCGUCCAGAAAAGUUGCCUGACGUCUGCUAUUCUUGGUGGGUGUUGGCCUCUUUGAGCAUGCUUGGCCGCCUGCACUGGGUUGACAAGCAAAAGCUGUGCACCUUUAUUUCUGCUUGCCAAGACAGUGAAGGCGGUUUUGCUGAUCGACCAGGGAACAUGCCUGAUCCAUUCCACACACUCUUUGGCUUGGCAGCGCUUUCACUCUUGGGAGAAUCGACUUUGCAAGUGGUUGAUCCUACCUACUGCAUGCCCAAAAGUGUUAUCAACAAGUUGAGACUCUCCCCGCAGAGACUGGAUGUUUCCUAAUCCUCUUCAUCUGACCACAUUUACAAGCUUUGAUAGUUUUUUCUUGGACUAUGGACAAGGAAACUAAAUAAAAACCAUUCAUCAAA